AUGGCGCAAAGUGUUCAGACUCACCUCCUCCUUCUCUUAUUGAUUCCCAUCCAACAAUGCUGCGGUUACAUUUUUGAUUUCCAAGAUGUGGUUUACGAUUACCUCGUGACAAAGUGCGAUGUCGAUGAACUGGUGUCAACCUUUGAUGUCGAUGGAGACAGCAAAGACCGAGGAGCCACUGGUGACGUCAAAAAGCUUGCAGAACACCCCCCUGUGGAGUUCGACGUCGGCCCGGUGACGUACGGCACUGCUAAAGUACAAUCGCUUGAGUUGUCUGCUGUCUAUGUCCAGACAUUUCACAACAACCAGUCUGACGUGGAGGCUAAGGCUCACAUAUCAGAGCAAAUAGAACAGGAAGACGAGUACAUGUGGACCGUCACCAGUGGAGCAGACUUAUCAGUUAAGGUCAGCUUCAAAAUAGAAGUUCCACUAGUAUAUAGUUUCAGCUCAGAAUUUUCGACAACACUGAAGACAAGUUCUGGAUCCACCACGGUCGAAACACGUACUACGCGACAAUUAAUUAAACAAGAUGUAAUAAUACCCCCUGAAGCCACCAUUGAAGCCAAGUGGCUUGUCAACAAAGCGCAAGUGGAGAUUCCAUGGGAAGCCAACAUUUCCAUGAAGGGAUACGUUGCAGCGUUGUUCCACUCACCCACUGCCUUAACAUGGAAGUACUUCAAUGUGACCGAGAUUAAACAUGAACAAUUAACGAACGAAGGAGAUUCCGUCAUAUUCCAGGCAAAAGGGCUGUUUAAAGCGAAGGUAGCUCAGAGCUAUCACCUUUCCACCAGCCAGACGGAAUUAGCGCCUUAUGAUGAGAGUAUAGUUAAAUAUGCUUCCUCGUAA